AUGAUAUACAGUGGUGUUCCUGGUGUUGGGAUGCACAUGAAUUCCCCAAGUGACAGUGGUGUUCCUGGUAUUGGGAUUUACAUGAAUCUCCCAAGUGACAGUGGUGUUCCUGGUGUUGGGAUUCACAUGAAUAUCCAAAGUGACAGUGGUGUUCCUGGUGUUGGAAUUCACAUGAAUAUCCAAAGUGACAGUGGUGUUCCUGGUGUUGGAAUUCAAAUGAAUAUCCAAAGUGACAGUGGUGUUCCUGGUGUUGGGAUUCACAUGAAUCGCCCAAGUGGCAGUGGUGUUCCUGGUAUUGGGAUUUACAUGAAUCUCCCAAGUGACAGUGGUGUUCCUGGUGUUGGGAUUCACAUGAAUUCCCCAAGUGACAGUGGUGUUCCUGGUAUUGGGAUUUACAUGAAUCUCCCAAGUGACAGUGGUGUUCCUGGUGUUGGAAUUCACAUGCAUCGCCCAAGUGGCAGUGGUGUUCCUGGUGUUGGAAUUCACAUGAAUAUCCAAAGUGACAGUGGUGUUCCUGGUGUUGGGAUUUACAUGAAUAUCCAAAGUGACAGUGGUGUUCCUGGUGUUGGAAUUCACAUGCAUCGCCCAAGUGGCAGUGGUGUUCUUGGUAUUGGGAUUUACAUGAAUCUCCCAAGUGACAGUAGUAUUUCUGGUGUUGGAAUUCACAUGAAUCGCCCAAGUGGCAGUGGUGUUCCUGGUGUUGGAAUUCACAUUAAUAUUCCAAGUGACAGUGGUGUUCCUGGUGUUGGGAUUCACAUGACUCUCCCAAGUGACGAAGCUCAUUCUGCCUGUUAUUUUCAGUGUUCCACUUGUCUCAAAGAAAACAGAUUGAAAGGUUAG